AUGGCUCUCGCCUUCCUCACCCCCGCUGUGGGCAGCGCAGGCGCGCCCUGCGCCCCGGUCCCGCAGCCGCGCUUGCGUGCGGCCGGUGCUGCGGGUGCUGGCGGCGCACAGCUCGCGGCUGCCGCGGUGGCGGCGGCGGCAGUGGGAAGGUCCGUGGCCUGCCGAGCCGCGGCGGUGAAGAAGAAGGGCGUCAAGGUGGUGCACGGCAAGGAGAUCCCCUGGAACCUCUUCUCGCCCAAGGCGCCCUACAAGGGCAAGGUGGUGAAGAACGUGGAGCAGCCGCACACGCUCACGGAGCAGACGGGGGAUGCGAACUGGGAGACCUGCCAUGUGACCUUCGACCACGGCGGCAAGGUGCCCUAUCUCGAAGGACAGUCCAUCGGCGUGAUCGCGCCAGGCCCCGACAAGAAGGGCGAGCAGCCGGCGAAGAUCCGGCUCUACUCCAUCGCCUCCUCGGCUGUGGGGGACAAUGAGAGCUCCAAGACGGUGUCCCUGUGUGUGAAGCGUGUGGUGGAGCUGGAUGGCAGCUAUGCCAACCGCGAGGUGGGCGAGGACACGCCUGACAAAGCAGGCACUGGCUUCCCUGAGAACAAGGUCUACCGCGGGGUCUGCUCCAACCACAUCUGCGACAUGAGCCCAGGCGACGAUGUUCUCAUCACCGGUCCCACCGGCGCUGAGAUGCUGCUGCCUGAAGAUCCGGAGGCGAACAUCAUCAUGCUGGCCACAGGUACCGGCAUCGCGCCCAUGCGCUCGUACCUCCGGCUGCUGUUUCAUGAUAAGGCAGGCGCAGAGGGCGGCCUCAAGGCCAAGGUCUCCGGCCUUAUUGGCAAGGAGGCCAAGCGGAAGUUCAAGGGACUGGCCUGGCUCUUCAUGGGUGUGCCGUACUCCAAGUCCCUGCUCUACGAUGACGAGCACAAGGUGUACAAGGAGAAGUACCCUGACAACUUCCGCUAUGACUACGCGGUCAGCCGUGAGGAGAAGAAUGCUGAGGGCCAGAAGAUGUACAUCCAGACCAAGAUGGCGGAGUACAGAGACGAGCUAUGGGAGAUGAUGCAGUCGGAGAAGACCCACGUCUACAUGUGCGGCCUGAAAGGCAUGGAGAGCGGCAUGGCGGAGUGCUUCGGCCCCAUCGCCGAGAAGAACGGCAAGGACUGGGCCGAGUUUGCCAAGGCCAUGAAGAAGGCUGACCGCUACCAUGUCGAGGUCUACUGA